UUGUCGCUGAACACUGCUUUUACAAAGACGUCCGAAUGUAUUACAGUUUAAUGAAAGGAAAGCUUGUUUAUCAAGCUCAUUUUCAAACACUUUGCCGCCUCUGAAUGUCUCCUCAUAUUACGCUUGCUUGUGGUGUUUUUUAACGGGGCUUGUUUGUACCAUUAGGUGCCACGUAGCGAUUUGGUCACAUGUCACAUUUAAAUUCGCCAGCCUGUAUGACUUUUAUCUUAUUAGAAAUAGACAAACAAUUGUUGAUAGCUGAUCAAUUACCCGACUGCAGCUCAUACGUUGCGCCAGAAUACCACCAUCGAUGGAUUAGUACACUUGUCGAAGUACCAUUGCACCAACGUACGUCACUGGGUCUAAACCAAUGAGGGACAAGUCCGGUUUUGUUGCGAUGAGCCAUCGCUCCGCAUCGUUUUUUCACCGGUUGGGGUAAACCCUCGCAGUCUGACGUUGGUUCAUUCCUUGAAUAAUUAAGGCAGCCCUAAAACACGACCCAGUUGUCCCAGAGUGCGUAGUGUCUUUUUUUUCCACUGAUAGAAUGAACCGAAUGAAGAUCUCAGACGCAUAUAGCCAAAAAGUAAUGACAGCUCCUGUGCUGUUUAAUGGUAGAUUGUAUCCGUCCAGUGUUUUUUAUGCUUGCAAUUCUCAGUAAGUGGUUGAAGGAUGCUCCAGAGACGUUUUAGCAAUAGCAGUGCCUGUUCUGUCUUCUGGCCCAGUGCUGGUCCUCUCCCCCUGGUCAGCUCGUCACGAAAUGCCCCUGAGACGAUGGGACAGGCUCUGUGUUUCUGCUCUCGAGGGACCAUCACCAUCGACAACAAGAAAUACUACUUCAUCCAGAAACUAGAUGAGGGUGGCUUCAGCUAUGUGGACCUGGUGGAGGGGGCUCAUGACGGGCGCUUCUACGCGCUGAAGCGGAUCCUGUGCCACGACCGCGAGGGCCGCCAGGAGGCGCAGACGGAGGUGGAGAUGCACCGCCUCUUCGACCACCCCAACAUCCUGCGCCUCACCGGCCACGCCUUCAUGGAGCGCAGUGGCAAGAGUGAGGCCUGGCUGCUGCUGCCCUACGUCAGCAAAGGAAGCCUGUGGUCAUCACUGGAGAAGCUGAGGGACAAGAGCAGCUCCAUGCCUGAGAGUCGCAUCAUCCAUAUCAUGAGGGGUAUCUGUGAAGGCCUUAAAGUCGUCCACGAGCGAGGCUACGCACACAGAGACCUGAAGCCCACUAAUGUGCUGCUGGACGAGAAUGACCGGCCGGUUCUAAUGGACCUGGGUUCUAUGAACAAGGCCCGCAUUGAAGUGCGGGGCUCCAGAGAGGCUAUGACCAUUCAGGACUGGGCAGCUCAGAGAUGCACUAUUUCCUACAGGGCGCCGGAGUUGUUUAACGUUGAGAGCCAAUGUAUCAUCGACGAGCGCACAGACAUCUGGUCCUUAGGCUGUGUGCUGUACAGCAUGAUGAUGCUGGAGGGCCCUUACGACAUGGUGUUCCAGAAGGGGGACAGUGUGGCCCUGGCGGUUCAGAACCUGAUCACCAUUCCACAGCCGUGCAGCUAUUCCCAGAGCCUUCAGGUCCUUCUGAGCUCUAUGAUGGUGCCCAAUCCUCAGGAGAGGCCCGACGUCCACUGGGUCUUAGACCAGGUCCAGAACCUCCAGAACUCCACCCCAGCUCCAGCUGACGCCAACCGGGUAUGAUAGCCCCGAAGAGGGAGGAAGCUUGGAGCGACGUUUGUUUUUUUCUCUCCUUUUCUUUCUGUCUCUCUCUUCCCCUCUCUCUCUCUCUCUCUCUCUCUCUCUCUCUCUCUCUCUCUCUCUCUCUCUCGCGCGCGCGCGCUUGAUCGCUCGUUCUCUCUCACACUCUCUUUUCGCUUGGAUUCUGGAUUUCUCGGGACUAUGCACUCUCCUUGGGACCAACACACUGUUCCAUCCUCAACCAGGGAAGCCACCGCCUCCCGACACAUUGCUCGUGGUUACCUCAAGCUGACCUGGAGUAUGAACAUGCCAGAAGACACAUUACUACGCACACACACACACACACAUACACACACACCUCACACACUGACACACACACACACACUAACACUACUUGAUGCUGUGGGUAAGGAACAUGGAUUUUAGUAUGCGACUGAAGACAAAAAUCAGAGGUAUUAGUUAGUCAUAGGAUUUAUUUAGCAUGAGAUUUGCAAAGGAACAAGUGGGCAUGCCUGUAAGUCGCAACACACAUCUGAGGAUUUAAUGAUAGACCCUUUAAUCCAACCUUAAUUUGAAUGGUUUCUUUCAUGCAUCUUUAUUCUGCACUAAUCCAGCAAGGAACAGAUCACCCUCACGAGCAUGUUUUCGAUGAUCAAACAAUAAUACAUAUAUCAAAGCUUUCAUUUAAAUCAUCAACAUGGCCUCACUGCCACUCACUGUUAUUUUAUAAUAAUGGCUCUUACUGUAAGCAGACCUUCUUGGAUGUAUCCUCCCUCUAGAUAUAAGGGAAGAGCCGAAUCAGUUCCAAAAGCCUAUUUGAGAACCUGAUUGCAUAAGAAUUUGAUGAGACGAGUGUGUCAGGCAGGAAUGAAGACAUGAAGAGAGAUCGUGAUCAGAGGGAGGUGUAGUGUAGUGAGGAGAAGAGAGGAUGACCCAGUGCAGCACGAGAGAAGAGAGAAUAUUUUGAAGGUUGAGUUGAGAGUUUGGUAAAAAGGACCUGAAGCAGUCAGCCUUAGACUCCUGGGAGGGGAGCCUGUUUGGAGGAGUCUGUCACACUGAGGCGUUUCAUUCCAUUUCUUAUCUUUUAUAUUUUAAGGUACUGAUUUAUAUGCUGUAUCCAUGUAUUUCACAAUAUUUGUGUAUAUCAGCGUGUGUGUGUGCGCACAGGUUCAUAUUUUCUUGUGUUUGAAUGUGCAAAAUCGAAAUGUAAAAUCUCAAAUUUGUGAGGGAUUACACAUGAGCUUUGAAGGAGGCCCAAAGGUACACAGGUUCACUUAAAAGGCGCCACGUGUAAUGCGAUAAGUCAAAAUGGAGCCAUUUGCGAUUCAGAGGAGAAACAACACUGCAUUUUCAAAGCACUAGUGACUGUGUUUGGAUUAUUCUAAAUAUCUAAAGGUUUAAAUAUCAAGAGGUUUCAAGGUCUUUAUUGCAACUGUAAUUGCUUUUAUGUGUUUGUGUUGGUAUUCUGAUUUAAAUAAGAAUUCCGGGCAUAAUUAAGGCUGCUAAUUCAUCUUUUUAUUCAUGUUGUAAUAGGGCAUAAUACAUCUGUGGAAGGAGUCCAUUUCAGACUUAUCCUAUGUGCACAGGAAGUUUAUGCACUUGUCUAUGAGAGGCUUGGCAAGGCCUGUGUUUCGAGUGCCCGUAUGUUACAUUAUAAAAAUUGUAUAGUUAUAUUUCAUGAUUAAGUUUUCUCUUAAGAGGUUAGGAAUUAAUGUGUGUGGAAAGAAUUGAAGGUUAGCCCAGGCAGAGGUGAGGAACAUUGGCUGUGCCUUCAUUUGCUGCGGUCAUCUCUUUAAUGUGUUGCAGUGUUGUAUCUGUACCACAAGGGGGAGACACACCCCACAACUCAAUCCUGUCGCUACUAGAAUAAGCAUAAGGAAACAUUUUAAUGCUGAAUUAAAAGUCGAACCUUUAUUAAA